UAUAGAGAGAUAUGUUCAAGUCUGAAACAUUACUCAAUAACAUUUUUCUUCAUUUCCAAUUAAACACUUGUUUCUUCAACUCUUGAGCUUCUCAAUUCUAUUAUUACAUAAUGGCUACUCUUGCAAGUUCAAUGUCAUCGUUAAGGGGUUCAAAGAUCAGAAAAUGGCAAGGAUGCUCAAAGCAAGUUAGGCAGCAGAGAGCAAGACUUUACAUUAUUUGGAGAUGUACAGUCCUGCUUCUCUGCUGGCACGACUAACCGUUGUGAUAGGUUCAAUUUCCAUUAGUGUACUUAAGUUUUCAGAUGAAUGAGACGAAGGAUGGGUCGAUUUUGUAUUGUUUUUUGAACGGUUGUCAUAUAGCCCUGAUUUUUGUGUAGGAGCAUAGUUAAAUUACAUGUGAAUGUAAAAAUAUAUACAAAGAGCCUAAGUGAAUAAAACUCGAGGACACUUUUCUUAUUAGUAA